AAUACAAUUCUCUCAAUAAGUCCACAUUUGAAAAUAUUCACCUCUUUAUCACAUUAUGUCCUUCUAUCUACUUUCUAAGGCAAAGUACAGUGUUCAUAAAAAAAAAACUGUCAGAAUAAUGAAUAAUACAUGCAUUACAAUAAUAAAGUUAUUGGCAAAAAAGUGUUGACAAAUUACUAUAUACAAUCGUAUUAAUAUUUACCAACUGGCGAGGACUCUAAUUAAUGAUCAAAACAAAUCUGGGGCGGAUUAUAAAUCGACGUUUUUUAACAUUUCGGUUUCGUUAAAUGCAGUUAUAGACACAUAGGCCUAUUCUACUUUGUAACGCAAAGGGUCCGUUUUAUUAAGGGCACAUUAAUGCAUAAUCAAAUGCACCUCAUAAAGAUUUUAUUGAUAGAACAUAAAAACAUUAUGAGCUUCUCCUCAAUACAUACAUACAAUCAGUAUACAAAUAUUACGUCCUGUGUGAAACUUACAACACUACCUUUACAAAUGUAAUGGCUUAUCUUUGAAAAAACAGAGACCGUUUAUAAAAUAUAAGAAUCGGCGAAGAAACCCGGUUAUUACAUUUAUUUUACGAGGACUUAAAACUCACUACUCUAUAAAAUAGCUUACUUUACAAGGUCUGAGUAUAUGACAUAUCUCAUGACGAGAACUUGUAAUGUUUUAUAUUCAGCUGGAAUAAUUUGCUAUGCAGGUAUCAAUGUGAGAGCCGAUAGGGCAAUAAAUGGGUGUAUUAAUCUGACUAAGAAAAAAUAGUCCGCAGUAAUCUCCAUUUGAGCAACACAUUAAAACACACAUUUUUGGACAGCAGAACGGACUUCCGUUAUAUCUAUUUUUACAAAAUCAAAUCUUAAUCCUUAGCCCAGUUAAAAGACAAAAUCAAACAUACCGUUAUCAGCGGAUUGAUUUACUCUCUGUAUUGGUAAAUAUGAUCACGUGAUUCAUGUAACCAAUCACUGAGGAUGAAGCCAGCAAAAAUACUUAAAUGAUUGUUCGGAGGCAAGGUUUCUGUAACAGUGUAACCUUUUAUAUGACUACGAAGGGAUCCAAAUAUGUCGACUAGUUCAACUCUUAGCAACUAUUAUGUGGACUCUAUAAUGGGGCACGAGGCGGAGGAUGUCUAUGGAGCGCGAUAUGUCCAGAGCUCGCAUUCUGUGUCUUCCAGGCCAUCAGGUGUAGGGGAAAAUACUGAUUUUGCAUCUUGCAGUUUUGCUCCCAAGACAGCUGUAUUUCCUACGUCCUGGUCCUCGGUUCAUUCACCGUCUACGGCUACAGUAUCCGGAAUUUACCAUCCGUACGUUCACCAGUCCCAUAUCGCCUGUACAGACAACAGAUAUGUACGAUCCUGGGUCGAUCCAAUCUCAAACCAUGUGUCGUUCCCCGGUUUUCAUUCGCCUAGUCGACAUUGCGGGACAAAGGCUGAAAGUUUACCGUCGAAAAGGACUGAGAGCUCAGUGUUCGAAGCAGAGGCUACGGGAGCACCCGAUUACAGCUGCAGCGCGGUGCCGGAGUGUGCAGAGAAAGCUACCAAAGAAAACGCUGGCAAUGAUAUUUCGAGUCAAAGCGAACUCAAAGACGAGAAACAACAACUUGACCCAAAGAAUCCAGCAGCAAACUGGAUUCACGCUCGUUCAACGAGAAAGAAACGAUGUCCCUACACAAAAUACCAGACUCUAGAACUGGAGAAGGAGUUUCUUUAUAACAUGUAUCUGACAAGAGAUCGCCGUUACGAAGUUGCGCGGAUUUUGAAUUUGACCGAGAGGCAGGUUAAGAUCUGGUUCCAGAACAGAAGAAUGAAAAUGAAGAAGAUGAACAGAGAGCGGAGCAGUAAGGACUCGCAAUGAAUAUCAGUGUUGCCGGAUGCACGCCUCGCCAAGUGUCCUUUCUGUAUAUGUGUAAUAUGUUAAGUGUAGAUCCGAGCCGGGGCGUCAUUAUUUUUGGGUGUCCAAGUCCGUCAUUUAUGGAAAUAAUCUUACAUUAGAGUUACCUUGGAUUGGCUAUAUAGCUUAUAAUGAGUCUUAAAAUAUUUUUAAAUGGUUUGUCCUUGAAACAAAUACAGGAUUUUUUUUCAGACACGAGUGUCUUGCUUCUUCAACAGCUGUGCACGCAAGCAGUGUGCACGCGCAUGUUAGACGUGUUUUGACGUUGGGUGUAAGACUAAUUAAUCUUAAUGGUGUAUAGGGCAUUGUGGGAGGAAUCGAUUUGCCUAUUCAUUGAGCUUAGAAUAUAGUGCAGACCCCCUACACCAAUAUAGUAUAAAUUAAGUAGACCAAGCAACUACGGCCUAAAUUAACCCCUAAAUUCUGGGGUUUAUCACGUUUUUGUUCAAUUUAUUUAGAUUCUAAAAUGUCGUUGGAAACUAGACCAAUGGUCCAACAUCCAGGGACCUUUUGCGCUAAGGCACAUUUAUCUACAUCAGUUACGUAAAGAAAACUAUAACACUACGUGGAUUCACAGUCGCAUUUACUGGUGGCCGAGAGCGUCCUCUUGGUAGAAAUGAAUGAACUACGUGUUUCCUUUCCAUUCUCACAACAGUGUUAAACUGUGUAUUCGUUAUUAACGAAGAAAGCACUUAUAUGCACUGCAAAACUCUAAAUGAAUCAUACAGGGCCCGGAUGAUGGGUCAACAUAGCUUGCCGAGUUUUUAAAACCUUUUUUAGACAACGAAUGUGCACGCUCUGGAUGAGGUUGAACAAAAUCUGUUUUUCGCUUUUUGAACCGAAUGUUCACUAAUAAAUACGAAGCGCUUGGACUGCA